AGCAAAAAACAAUUAAAAGGAUAAGAGAGAUCGACUUUGAAACCGAUGUUUCAUUGAGAUAUAUGGAAAAGGAAGUACUUUCUUUACUUUCCAAUGAAAAAUAUCAUAUCAAUGCUGAUUUACAUCUAUCCGGAGAAGUAAAUACAGAGCCAAAGCGUUUGGAAGAUGAUUUACAUGUACCCGGAAUAGAGGUUGAAGACGAACAUGGCUUGGAAGAUGAGUUACAUUUAACCGGGAAAGAUGUUGCAGAAGAUCAUCGUAUGAAAGAUGAUUUACAUGUACUCGAAAAAGAAGUUUCAAAAGAACAUGGGAUGGAAGAUGAUUUACACGUACCAGGAAAAGAAGUUUCAAAUGAACAGCCUAUCGAAGAUGAUUUACAUAAACCCAUAAAAGAAAGUGCAGGAGAACAUAGGGUAGAAGAUGGUUCACAUGUUAUCGGAAAAGGUGUUGAAGAGGAACAUCAAUUGGAAGAUGAUUUACAUUUAACCGGGGAAGAUGUUGCAGAAGAUCAUCGUAUGAAAGAUGAUUUAAAUGUACUCGAAAAACAAGUUCCAAAAGAACAUGAUGAAAGAGAAGAUUUACAUUUAAUCGGGAAAGAUGUUGCAGAAGAUCAUCGUAUGAAAGGUUAUUUAUAUGUACCCAUAAAAGAAAGUGCAGGAGAACAUAUGGUAGAAGAUGGUUCACAUGUACCCGUAAAAGAUUUUGCAGGAGAACAUCCUGUGGAAGAUUAUUUACAUGUACUCGGAGAAAGGGUUGCAAAAGAACAUCGAGUUAAAGAUGACUUAAAUGUACCCGGAAAAGGUGACGCAAGAGAACAUCCUGUGGAGGAUGAUUUACAUGUACUCGGAAUACGGGUUGCAACAGAACAUCGUGUGGAAGAUGAUUUGCAUAUUACCGGAAAAGAGGUUUCAGGAGAACAUCGUAUGGAAGGUGAUUUACAUGUACCUAGAAAAGAUGUUGCAAGAGAAAAUCGUUUAAAAGAUAAGAAACAUGUGCCCGGAAAAGAAGUUGAACAGAAAAAUCUUAUGAAAGACUCUUUACAUGUACCCGGAAAAGAACUUGCAGGAGGACAUCGAUUGGAAAAUGAUUCAAAUGCUCCCGGAAAGAUUGUUGCCGAAGAACACCAUACGAAAGACGACAAUUCAGAGGUCUGGGAUCGGUGUUUCGAGCAAGGAAAACUUUACAUAAGAACAUUGUUGAGAAGAGGGCUUUUUCCACCAGCUGAUAUUCUGGACGAGCUUUGUGACUGCUAUGGACGAAAAUCACGUAUCGUUAAUGACCUAUGCUCAUUUGCAAAGCAAAAAAUCAAAAAAGAGAUUGAAUCAACAUUUCACACCAAAGUUGUUGACAUUUAUCCAUCAUUCAAAGAUGGUGCAGAAAACACAAUCGUUUUUGUUGUUACCCUUAACAAAAGAGUAAGUGAGGCCGAAAUACGUGAAAUGAUAACUUAUGCUGUGGAAAUUAAAUAUUUAAACGCAUACAACAAAGAGCCUACGCUUCUUGCACAACACAUACUCAAAGAGCAAAUAUAUAUGACAAAAGAUGAACUACAAAAUGUUCAGUCAUGCCAGGAAAAUAUGGAAGAAGAACUGUUUGCUAAACAUUACUAUUUAAGUAUGAUCACGUCCGCUCCGGUUAAGUCGUAUCAAUACUCUGAAUGUGAUCAACAUAUAAACGUUGAAAGAAAAGUAUGUCUGCAGUUGUACAUUCACGCAAAAGGAUUUAUACCGAUUUGGGAAGAUCCCUUUGAGAAGCAGUACCGAGGCAUUGAUACUGAUAUUAUUGAGUGUGUCUUUAUUUCCUUUGGAAGAACUGCUCGUGAGCCUCAUGACAACAUUAAAAUGGGUUGCUUGAUUCAAAGAGAAAACAUACCACCGGGUUCUACGGAUAUUAUACAUCCACCGAUUAAAGGAGGAACGCUCGGGGGUUUCAUUGAACAUCCUGAACUUGGACUUUGUGGUAUAACUUGCGCGCAUGCUAUGAUUUAUAAACGUGAGUUUGAGAAAUGUGUAGAACAUAACAAUAAACUUUCUUUGCAAGACUGGCCUGAGGAUUUGAAACAAAAGACGGCUGUUUAUCAACCAGACCAAACUUCUUUAGAUAUUGGCGUUUUGUCAGAGGCAUAUUAUGACACCGGAAGUCCAUCAAGACCAGGAUUUGAUAUUGCUCUUAUCAAAAUUCGCAAUCGUCACCCUAUUAAUGGGAAGUUUCCCGUUGUGGAACAACAAGGCAUUCGACGCGAAGUUGGUAAAGUAUUUGAGUCUGGAGCAAAAGUAGACUACACAACACUUGCAAUAGACCGCCACAUCGAAGUAUGGAAAUUUGGCAGUGCAACCGAUUCAACAAGUGCUUUUAUUUCAAGUGGACCGGUCACCGCUCGGGAGAUUAGAUUUGGAUGGCAAAACGAUGGUACGUUCGAAAUAAAACUGCACAAACAGAUUCAAGUCACAAGUUUAGACCCCCAAGUCCCAUUUGCUCUACGUGGUGAUUCGGGCGCUUUAGUUUUUCAUGAACAACCGCCGGAUAGACAAUUAGUAUGCAUUGGAAUGGUCGAGGGUGGUUUUGAUGGCAACCCUGAAUUGACAGUUGUUGCACCGAUUAUGCCUGUUUUAGAUAGGCUAAACGUGCAGAGCAUUUAUACAUUUUCUGACACGAAACUUUAUGAAAUGGAAGCACGGCUAGAAAGGAAUUUCACUCAAGCGAUGACAGCGAAUCAGGCUGUUCUUUUUGAGAUAUUACAAUCAAACACAGCUGAAAUAAUGCAUGAAAUUCGAAACUUGCAACAGGUGCCAAUGGAUGAAGAUUGACACUUAUAUAAGGGAUGUAGUUUAAGAAACAUAAGUACUAAAACAGUGUGUAAAACAUUGACUUGCUUAUAAUACAAACUAGUAGUUAGUUGGCUUUGAACCUCAUUACAGUAUUGUUUCAUAAUUCUAUACCAGCUGCAAGAGUAGCGUUAGAUGCAAGGUUAUAAUGUAUAGUCAAGCUAUUAGGACUUAUUUAAAUCAUGCUUAUGAGACAUAAUGUACACGUUCUUUUAGAAGAAUUUAGAAAUUCAACGCAAAAUAUAUGAACUGUAAAUAAUAGUAAAUGCUUACAAAUAAUCUUAAUUAUUAAUCAUUUUCAACAAUGUUAAAACAUUUUCAAUGAUAUAAAUGAGAAAUUGAUGCUUUCAAAAUAAACCGGGGUCAGAUGUAAUGUUAUUUCUGAGCUGAUUAUUGUUUUCAUCAUUACACAAUGACUUGGUAGUAGAUGAAAAUAUCGUAUUUUUACUAACUUUUUGUUUCAA